AUGCCCAUCGUGACUUACGCGAGUGUGGGAUGUUUUUGGGCGCUAAACUUGGCGAUGGUUCUCUCACUAGCCUGCACUUUAACUUGGCUUCUCUAUAAUCGUUUCAACGAGAUACCAACCCGUAUUACAAUAGAGAACCAGUACGAGCCGGUGCAGAACCUUCCUCAUCCCGCAAUAACCAUUUGUUCACCUAACCAGAUAACUGCGAGUGGCCUGAAACAUCUCAACAAAACUCUAGUUGACGGCAAUUUAACAAUUAAUUUAGAAGAAACCAUUCCCAAGCUUCUAGGUUUCUAUACAAUAUUGAAAAAUGCAAACAUCACUCUACUAGCCCAUCUACAAUCGCUUUUGGAUGAUAAUCGGUAUGAUGCACCUGAAGUGAUGGGAGCGCUGCCCCAAAAAUGUGACAACUUCCUCAAAUUGUGUUAUUUAGAACGUCGUAAAUAUCCGAAAUGCAAUAAACUGUUCCGUCCGAUCAUAACUGCAUACGGCAUUUGUUGUUCUUUCAACAGUUUUUACGAAUUUAAAGAGAAAAGGAAUGUUCCUAUUAACAAUUUUAAACCUUUCAUGAUACGUGGAUCUGAGUUUCACGACGGACUGACAGUUGUCGUCGAUUCUGAUCCUGAGAAUUCGGUUCCACACACAGUACUCUACGCCGGCGCGAUUAAGGUUAUGUAUUCAGACUGGACAGAAUUUCCAGUGGACCACGAAUCAAUCCUCGUCGAGCCUGGUACAGAGACUUACCACCUGAUACAUGCGACAUACACUUACUGUUCAGAUGAUGUAAAAGCUCUGCCUUCAUGGAGGUAA